AAUUUUUUUCUGUCUGCUUACGUCUCAUGUAGUCUAUCUGUCGCUAUGUAGCAAAUUAACAUAACUUAGGUACUUUGAAUAAUUCAUCCAUAAGUUUUGCAAGUCUUGGUUACUUGGUUUCAAAUACUUUCUCUUGGUUUUGACAUACAUUAAUCAAUGGUUUUGUCACAACUUUGACUGAUAUAAGAAAAAAUGUUCUGAGAGAGUUAGAAUAGUGAUGGGCGUUACAUUUUUAAAUGACAUCUAGUACUCUCCAUUGCAAUCAAGUCCCUUUAUAAUUUUUGUUGUAACUGAAAGUCUGAAGCUUGGGUAGCUUGUAGAAGAAAACAUGGUUAAAAAAGCACCUUGGCGUGAAGGUACAGCCCUUUUCAUUAAACGGAAUAUAUAACAAGGAAGCAAUGUAUGACAAUAUGGUUAGUAAUAACUUGGCUCGUGAUCGAAGGUUGAAGUUUCAACCGGUUUUACAAAUAUAAAAAACCAAAAUGCCUAGUGCAUUGACCAUUGCUAAUUGAGGAACAAUCAAUAAUGAAUUUGAAUUGGUUUUCAAACAUUCUGGUGCAUCAUCCGUAUUUUGUUCUAACAGCAGUGACCGUUUUUUCAUGUACAUGCAUGAUUAUACCAUAUACACUGAAAUCUAUAACAUUCCCAAGUUUCCAGGACCCACAAUUGGGGUUUCAAACUAGAGGAACAGUUAUAGGAAAUCGUUUGACAACAUGGGCUAAUCUUGUCAAGUCUACGAGACCUUCUGGCGAGUUUACAGUAAACCCAAAAGAAUAUUUAGAAACAAAUAAAAAAGUGCAUAAAUUAAAACCUCAGAUACAAAAGCUACAUAAAAAUACAAAAAAAAGAAAAAUGAAAAAAGCUCAAUUGAAACUACCAGUAUAUGGAAAUGUAAGUAUAGUCCAAGAUAAGAAUGUAUCAAAAUGGAUUGAUAUAGAGAGAUGGAAAAGUAUUUCAAAUUUGGACAGACUGGGAACUGCUGAUAGCCCUCUUGUUACAGAUUAUUUUUUUUGCGGAAGCCCAGAUGAACGAUAUGCACAUAUAGUUGUGAUAUCAAGCAGUAACUCAGAUUUAUUCACAUUACAUAACCUAAAAGACAUGUGCCAUAUGGAAUCUGUUCUGAAGAAUAUAUAUAACUAUGAAGAUCUCUGUAUUCAAAACACUCACUUUGCUAAGAAGUGUUGUACCCCUUGGUCUCUACCAAAUUAUGUUGCUAUACUCAAUAAAAAAGAUUCAUGCUGGAAUAUAACGGAAGCUGACAUAAAUAACACAAAACAUAUUCUCCUGGAUUGUGCUACUUAUUUCCACAAUGCUGAGCUUGAUUCUGACUGUCUCAAAAGACGACCGGCAUGUAGUGCCCCAAAGGCUUGUUUCGAACACGAUGCCGUUUUCAACAUUUUGCAUUAUCUUGCCAGUACAACAUUCUUACCGCCAAAUAACACGAAAAAUCAAUGGACGGCACUGAAAGAAGCAAUCAUUUUCCUACCUUUAGCUUGCAGCACAACAAUUUUACCAUAUUACUAUGAGAUAGAAAGUCUGGACUUAACAUUCGGCGAUACGCGAAUUGUAGCCAUGGAUUUUGGUAUAAAGAAUUCACUAUUUGACGUCUACUUGAUAUACGACAUGUGGCUCUUGGCAUUUGGAUCACUAUUUGUUUUCGUCUGCAUCUGGAUAUAUACUAAAUCACUAUUUCUGACUCUCAUGACAAUAAUUGUGAUUGUUUUUUCAUUAGGAAUAUCAUAUUUCAUGUAUGUGCUUGUACUGGAAAUCUCAUUUUUUCCAUUCAUGAACCUUUUGGCUACAGUCGUUGCAAUAGGGAUUGGAUCGGACGAUGCAUUUAUCUUCUGUAAAAUUUGGGCAAAAAGAAAAGCUGAAAACGAAGGAAUUGCUUUGCCAGAAUUGAUGUCCGACACUUUUCAACAUGCAUUCGUAUCAAUGUUUGUUACAGCCAUUACGACAGCUGUUGCAUUUUUGGGAUCUUACAUCAGUUGCAUUACGGCAGUUUGUUGCUUUAGCAUUUUUGCAGGUUUUGCUGUAGUAGCAAAUUAUUUUCUGAUGAUAACGUGGUUUCCAGCAUCCCUGGUUAUUUGGGAAAGUUCAUGUUUGACACACAGUAAAUAUAUUACCAACUGUUUUAUGUUAUGCUAUCAGAAAUUAUGCUGCGUCAGGUCACGAUUCCAGGUCCCUUGCAGCCAUUUUAGAAUCUUGACUGAAGAACUUUGGAAAGCGAAGGAACAGUGGCUGUUAGAUACUGUGCUCAAGUUCAAAUAUUUGUGGUUUACAUUGUUACUGAUCAUUGCCCUUUUGAGUGGUUUUGUGGUCUUAGUAUACCCUGGAUUCCAAUUACCUGAUUCAAGUGAAUUCCAGCUCUUCCAUAUGUCGCAUCCAUUUGAGCAAUACGAUUUUAUAUACAAGCAACGUUUUUGGUUCAGACAACCAGAAAAGUUGGAACAGUCUGAAUACAAGCUUCCGUUGCGAUUUGUUUGGGGAGUGCUGCCCACAGACAAUGGUGAUCAUCUCAACCCAUCAAACUUGGGUACUCUUAUCAUCGAUCCUACAUUCGAUGUAUCUCUACCAGAAUCUCAGGAAUGGCUGAAGAAUUUUUGCGAGAAUUUACGCCAACAAUCAUUCUAUCAAUCUAUGUUAGGACCUCUGUUGCCCAACUGCUUUAUAGAAACUUUCAUGAAAUCUAUGGAUAGAAAAUGCAUCGAUCCUUUUUUACAAACUAACUUAACACCAUGCUGUGAAGAGUCGAAAUUUCCUUUUGACAAGGCUGUGUUUGAUAAAUGUAUCCUAGAUGAAAUCGCUGAUAUCUACAAAACCCCGCUGAGUUUUUUGAAUGCCGGUAUGGCCGGUCCGAAAUUUUCUAAAGACCAAAACCCGACAAUAAAGGCUGUAGUAAUAGAAUACGAUAGUUCUUAUAGUUAUACGAUGUCAUACGAAGAUAUGGAAACAUUUUAUACUCAAGUGGAAGAAUGGAUGAAAAAAGAACUGGAGACCGCACCAGAAACAAUGAAAAACGGAUGGUUCAUCAGUGAUCUGCACAUGUACGAUCUCCAGAAAGAACUGACCUACAGCACAAAAAUGACAAUUUUACUGUCAAUGGCUCUAGCCUUCUGUGUAUUAUUUUUUUCCACUUUGAAUAUAUUCAUCAGUAUAUAUGCAAUUAUUACGAUAACGAGUUGUAUAUUUGUCACAAUGGCACUACUUGUUCUCAUGGGAUGGAAACUCAACAUUUUGGAAUCCACUGUUGUUUCCACUGCUAUUGGUCUUACAGUUGACUUUAGUUUGCAUUACUCUGUCAACUAUCGCAUGUGCCCUCAAGAUUUGUCAUCUUGCAGACUGAUGGCUACUAGGUAUGCUUUGUCCUAUAUGGCUGGUCCAGCAUUUAUGGCUGCUUUAACAACGGCUGCUGCUGGAGCAUUCAUGAUUCCAUCCAUUGUAAUGCCAUACGUCCAAAUUGGAAUAUUUCUAGUUCUUGUUAUGGCCAUCAGUUGGGUUUAUGCUACAUUUCUUCUUGGAUCUAUGCUUGCUAUUAUGGGACCUACUAGAAACUGCGGUGAGUGGAGUCGUUGCCGUUGGCACUGGAGGUUGAUGUGUUGCUUUGGAGGCUCACAAAGGGUGGAAGAGCAUGAGGACGAGCCCCAUCAAAUGAUUUCUAUGAUACAAGACACUCACGAAUUGGAAUCAUUAACUUAUCCUCACCAUGAUAUGGAUAAAAGGGAUCAUCCUACACUGAAAGCAGAUUCGUCAAUUUCCCCGAUAGCAAUGAGAAACAGAAAAUCUCAACAAUCAGGUACGAACUCAUCCAAGUACGACUUCUCUGACCAGCAGUCUUCGCCGUCUCUACCACUGCAGUCUGAUAGUAGCGCUAUCACUAUUCUUAUGGCAGAUGACAACUAAUUGUACGACUAAUUCUGUGAUAAAUAUUCAGAUUUUUUUAUUCUGUGUCAAAUGACAAUUUACGUAUUAAUGUUACAGUAUUAUCUUGUACAAAGUGAAUACAAACCUUUGAACGAUAUAAGAAUAUGGCGACACUGAUUUGGAAUGUUUAAAUAUAGCGAGUAUCUUACGGAUCCCAUUAUUCAGUCCAUCGAUCAAACGAGAACAUAUCUUUUGGCUUAAGACUGCGAUCGGUAACCUUUGAGAGUCAAGGGUAACAAGGUGUCAAAAUGAAGAAAAAUGUGAGCCAGCCCUGAGGAAUUAUAUUAAUAAUAAUAAUAAUAAUAAUAUUAAUAAUAAUAAUAAUAAUAAUAUUAAUAAUAAUAAUAAUAGAAUUUAUUGCCCAACAUAUUUUUUACAAAUCCAUUUACAGGUCGAUAAAUUGAAAUCUGGAUAACAAUAAAAGUAACAAUACUAAUUUAUUCAAAUUUCAUAGAAUAAACAACCCUCUUGAGUUGAGAACACAUAGAGAUAUCACAAAUACUGCCAAUUCUGUUGAAGUCAUGCACAGGAGAUUUUAAAGCGAAGUUGUAUUUGCAAAAAAAGGUAUUGCUUCUAGAACAUGUCCUUGGAACUAAAAAUUGGAGCUGGGAUAACAGGUCUGAAGAAUCAACAAUACCAUGUAAAAGCUUAUACAGGAAUACCUGGUAGUCCGACCCUCGCUGAGUAUAAACUGAAUCAAUCUUGAAAAUCAGAUACUUAAGAAAUUUCUUUUGAACAUUACAUAACAGUUAUAAUAAAGACUCCAAAUCAAUGAAGCAUAUUCCAGUUUGGAACGUACAUAUACAAAGUAUAAUGUUUUUAAUGCAGCCAAGCCUUUAAUAAGCUUACAGUUUCUAACAAAAUUCAUCCUACAGUCAAAUGUCACGCCUAAAUCACAAACCGUUUCGUGUCGACUAAUUGCAUUUUCUCCGAUGUUGCAAGAUAAAAUUACUAUUUGCUGUUUUCGACAGAAUGUAACCACUUUGCAUUUAGCAAUAUUCAGAUGCAGUUUAUUCAAUCUUCCAACUUACUCAAAUGACACUGUAAGUAUUCACAAACAGUGAUGCUGUUGAUUUCAAAUAACUAUUUCAAAUACUAAAUUAGUACUUAUAUUGUUAACAAAGAGCAAAAAAGCAAUGGUCCCAAAUUCGAACCCUGUGGUACCCCUGAAGAUGCUGUAUAGCGAAAAGACUCGAAGCCGUUGUAUGAUGUGAAUAGCUGACGAUUAUGUAAAUAGGACUUUAAUACAGAUAUUACUUUAUUUAUAAAAAAUUAGGAGCAAUAACGAAAAAAUAAACUUAACCAUUAUACAGUGUUUAUGUAUUUAGUUACGUAAUCAUGAUAAUUAUUUAUUUAGUGAGUAUAUUAAAGCAUUUAACACUCAGAGACAAUAAAAUCGCGGACUAAACGUUACCGACCGCUGCCUUAAGAUAUGGCGUUACAAUGCCAUUUUAUGAUACUGCAAUAGGGAGCUAAGAUUAUGUUACUAUUAAUUUUGGGCAAGCAAAACAUACUUCGUCGAUGAUCUGAAAAAUUUGGGGAUAUAUAUGCUCACAGAAUGUUUCCAAAGCAUGGGGAAAAAUUCAAGUGGUGAUUCUAUUUUGUCCUUUUGUCUUGGCGAUCUUCGAAAUACCACUCAGUUUCGGAGAUACAGACCCCUGAAGAACGCCACUGGACAUAAUAGUAACCUCUUGGGGCUACAUAUUUCGAUGUCCAUGAAAAGCAAUUACAUACUUCAUUUAGUUUGCCAGGAACAGACCAGCCCUAACGUAAUUUUGUUAUUUUAUAAUGAUGGUUUUGGUUUAAACCAAAAAAACUUUUCUUGUUUUUAUAACCUGGGUUUUUAUCAACCCUGUGGUAAACCCUGAAGAUUAUUUUAUGUGAAUCACUGACCUUGGUCAAUAAACUAGACAGCGAAAACUUCAAAACCCAACAUUAAUCACGUUAUUGCUCGUAUGCCCAAAAUUAGUAAUGGCAUACUAUUCAGUACGCUAAUUAUACCUUGUUUUAUAUCGUUCCAAUGUUCUAGACCUCUACGCAAGAGGGACAAAAACAUAAUUGUAGGAAACGAGACUUAUCAGACUAAAUGGUUAGGUCAGAUGAGUAAGUUUAUGACAUAUGUGCAAUUUGCUAAGAAGCAGUCAAUAUGGAAGUUAGCAGGUCUCCAUGGAAUGUAUUAGAUAAUUGUUACAAAUAUGUGUAGUUUACGUAAUAAUUGUUUGAAUGUGUCAAUAACUAUCUUAGAAAUAAGUUAUGUGAUGUUAGACAUUAUGCAUUUCAGUAUUCAUAUUCAUGAUAAAUGAUGAUGUUAUAUAAAACUAGAUAACCUUAUUAUAGAAAUAUUUUUUAUUUUUUAUACAGAUCUAUUUCUGAACUAUUUAUUUUUAUGAAUAAAUGAUAAAUGUUUCAAAUUGAA